AUGUCGGAUAUGUCGGAUAUGUCGAAAUCUUUUAUUGGUUUUGAAAAUGAUGUCGGUAUUUGGCCUCAAAGCUGUAACAAUGAAAUGAUAACAUUUUGGAUAAAACAAGGAUCUACAAAUUUGCAAAACUGCGAUGAAAAGUUAUUAGAAACAAAAUCCGUCCAACAAAAUCGGGCUGAUCGCUCUGCACACAAUAGUAGGAAAUGUUCUAUACAUUUUUUCAAACGGAUAAAUAAAAAUAGAGAAGUCAUUAAUCGUAAUUGGUUAUGUUUCUCUCCAACUACUGGUAAAAUCUAUUGUUAUACUUGCAAACUAUUAGGGGAAAAAAAUGGAAAGUUAUCAGGUGAUGGAUUUUGUGAUUGGAAACAUGCAGCUGAAAAGUUAUCCCAACAUGAAACAUCUAAACAUCAUAUUGAAGCAAUUAUUGCAUUAAAUCAUCGAGUGAGAGAAAUUGGAUGUCUUGACCAUCAACUUCAAAAACAGAUUGCAGAUUUAUCUUCUUAUUGGCGUAAAGUUCUAAAGCGGGUAGUUAGCACAAUCAAAUUUAUUGCAGAACGUGGCUUAGAAUUUAGAGGGGAUAACGGAAUAAUUAGUUCACCGAGAAAUGGCAAUUAUCUUAGAAUUCUUGAAUUAGUGGCGGAGUUUGAUCCAAUUCUUUCGACGCAUAUAAAAGAUCAUGCGAAUAAAAAAAGUGGUCACACAAAUUAUCUAUCAUCAACUAUUUGUGAAGAAUUAAUUGAUCUUAUGGCUAAAGAAGUAUUAAGCAAAAUAAUUACAAGAAUUAAAAAAUCAAAAUAUUUUUCUGUAUCUGUAGAUUCUACUCCCGAUGAAGCACAUAUAGAUCAAUUGACUAUAGUAUUACGUUACAUAGAAGGAAUUAAUCCAGUAGAAAGAUUCUUAACAUUUGUACCAAAUUGUGGUCACACUGGCAUUGAAAUGGCAAAUACUCUCAUAACAUUUUUGGACCAUCAUAAAAUUGAAUUGAAUGACUGCCGUGGUCAGUCAUAUGAUAAUGCGGCAAACAUGAGUGGCAAGUAUCAAGGGAUGCAAGCCUUAAUUAAAAAUAAAAAUGAAUUGGCAGAAUUUAUUCCAUGUUGUGGUCAUUCUUUAAAGUUGGGAAAACAGCAGCCAACUCAUGUGUUGCGGCUAUUCGAUUCUUUGAUUUUAUACAAAACCUUUACGUGUUUUUUACUGCGACUCCCACACAAUUUGAAUGAAACUCGUUGGUCAUGUCGGGCAGACGCAACAAAAGCUGUUGUAUAUUUUGGUUAUGAUUAUAUAAAAGAAGCUUUGGUAGAAAUUUCAAACGAUCUUGAUCAAAAAGACAUUGUUAAAAUCCAAUCUAAAAAACUUUACGAAUCAAUGUGUCAACUUGAAGUGGCAUUUUAUGCAAUUUUUUGGAAUGAUAUUUUAGAGAGGUUUGAUUCAACAAAUCAUAUUUUACAAGACCCAAAAAUAAUUCUUCAAACUGCUGUAAAUGCUCUUAAUUCUCUUUUAUCAUUUGUUCGAGAAAUACGAAACAAAUAUGAAAAAUACGAAGAAAAGUUAUCACCUAGAGAAAAAUUCAGAUCAGAAAGCUUCAUAUCAGUAAUUGAUCAAUUGACAGUAUCAUUAACCGAUAGAAUAGCUGCUUACGAAACAAUUUGUCAACGUUUUGGUUUUUUAAAUACAUUUGAAAAAUUAGAAACUUCUGAGCUACAAUCUGCUGCAAAUUGUUAG